AUGCAGCAGCAACUGAGAAAUGAGUCAGCGGGCGUUGCUGCUGCAGCAGAAGGGGAGUCGAAGUGGUCUCCAGACACGCACAAGCAGCAGCAGCAGAUGCAGCAGCAGCAGCAGAUGCAGCAGCAGCUGCUUCUGCAGACAACGCCUCGCCAGCCCAACAUGCUGCUGCAGCAGCAACAGCAACAUCAACAGCAGCAGCAGCAGCAGCAGCAGCAACAGUAUCGUCAGCUACAAGAGGAACCACGUCAGCUAGACAAGCAACCAUUGCAGCAGCAGCAGCAGCAGCAGCAGCAGCAGGAAUCGCAGCAGCAGCAGCAGCAGCAGCAAGAGGGAGAAGCUGAAAUAACAGGCCCCCACAGUGCAGACCUCAGCUGCAACGAAUGGCAGCAGCAGCGCAUGCAGCAGCAGCAGCAGCGCAUGCAGCAGCAGCAGCAGCAGCAGCAGCAGCAAACCGAAAUAAGCAGUUCUGGGGACGAUCUAAAUAUGGCCUCCGAUGAAUUUGCUGCUGCAGCAAAAGCAGCAGCAGCAGCAGCAGCAACAACAGCAGCAGCAGCAGCAGCAGCAAUUACAGGCGGCACACAAACAGCUAGAAUCAGUGGAGGCUGGCAAAGCAACGAAGAGGCUGCAGCAGUGCAGCAGCAGCAGCAGCAGCAGCAGCAGCAACAGCAGCAGCUGCAGCAGCAACAGCAAGAUGACCAAUGUACGAAUGAGCAGCAAAUGCAUGCUCUCGAGCAGAGAGAGCAGCAGCUACAGCAGCAGCAACGGCAGCUGCAGCAGCAGCAACAGCAGCAGCAGCAGCAGCAGCACGAGCUGCUGCAGCAAGAGACAGAGAGCCCCGGCAGCCCAGAGGAGAUUCCGCUUGAGACAGAGCCGCAGCAGCAGCAGCAGCAGCAGCAGCAGCAACAGCAGCAGCAGCAGCAGCAGCAGCAGCAGCUAUUAAGAAGCGAGCUGCAGCAGCGGGGCCGACUACUGAUGCAGAAGCAGCUGCAGGAAGAGGAGCAGCAACACAGCAGCAGCAGCAGCAGCAGCAGCAGCAAGAGGGCUGCGAGCCACUGGCCUGCUGCUGCUGCUGCUGCUGGUGCAGCAACAGCAGCACUCUAUUGGAAUACUAUACGGGGGGGGGCCCCCCAAAGGGCCCCCUCAGUGCAGCCGAGUCUGAUGCAUACGCGUGAGGGGGUAACACCGCCUGCUGCUGCUGCUGCUGCUGCUGCUGCUGCUGCUGCAGCAGCAGCAGAUACGUACAGAGGGUAUCCAACGUUCGUGUCUCCUAGGGUCCUGCCUCCUCAAGGAAUACGUACAGAGGGUAUCCAACGUUCGUGUCUCCUAGGGUCCUGCCUCCUCAAGGAGCAGCAAAUACAGCAGCAGCAGCAGCAGCAGCAGCAACAGCAGCAGCAGCAGCAACACCAGCAGCAGUCCCAUUCCUGGCUGCUGCUGAAACAGAGAACUGCAGAGGUGUAUUUCCUGCUGCUGCAGCAGCAGCAGCAGCAGCAGAUACGUACAGAGGGUAUCCAACGUUCGUGUCUCCUAGAGUUCUGCCUCCUCAAGGCGCAGCAAAUACAGCAGCAGCAGCAGCAGCAGCAGCAACAGCAGCAGCACCGCCAGCAGCAGUCCCAUUCCUGGCUGCUGCUGAAACAGAGAACUGCAGAGGUGUAUUUCCUGCUGCUGCUGCUGCUGCUGCUCCCGCUGCAGCAGCAGCAGCAGCACCUCCUGCUCCUCCGUCUGCACAUGUUCAGCUACAGCCCAGGCUCGCCCCUGUUUGGAUGCCGCCGCAGCUGCAGCAGCAGCAGCUGCAGCAGCAGCAGCUGCAGCAGCAGCAGCUGCAGCAGCAGCAGCUGCGCUGCUCCCGCUGCAGCAGCAGCAGCAGCACCUCCUGCUCCACCGUCUGCACAUGUUCAGCUACAGCCCAGGCUCGCCCCUGUUUGGAUGCCGCAGCAGCUGCAGCAGCAGCAGCUGCAGCAGCAGCAGCAACAGCAGCAGCAACAGCAGCAGCUGCUGCUGCCUGCAAUGCGGCUCCCUGCGGUGUCUCCGCAGCUCUCUGGGCCCCUCCUCGUGUCUCCUGGGGCCCCAGAGAUGCAGCAGCAGCAGCUGCUGCUGCCUCAUCAGCAGCAGCAGCAGCAACAGCAGCAGCUGCUGCUGCCUGCAAUGCGGCUCCCUGCGGUGUCUCCGCAGCUCUCGGGGCCCCUCCUUGUGUCUCCUGGGGCCCCAGAGAUGCAGCAGCAGCAGCUGCUGCUGCCUCAUCAGCAGCAGCAGCAGCAGCAGCAGCAGCAGCAGCAGCAGUUGCUGCUGCAGAUGAUGAGGCAGGGGGGGGGCUGGGGUGUACAUACACCUCAACACCCCGUACACCGCAUGCAAUGA